AAAAACCCCACGACAAAUCGAUACGGUGAGGACGGCGCUCCCGCUCUUCGUCUUAAUGUCCAUUAGAAACCAGUGUUUUACUGUUUAACUCUGGAGUGUGUACAGCGUGUGCCUUGCUCAUCGGUCAGGAAUGUCAGCUGUCGGAGACAGCGGAGCUCGACUCACCCAGUUCAAAAACAAAGGGAAAGAUGCCACUGAGCUCAGGCGCAGGCGAGCGGAAGUGAACGUGGAGCUCCGUAAAGCAAAGAAAGAUGAUCAGAUCUUCAAGAGGAGGAACGUCCUCUGUCUUGAGGAUGAUCCCACAUCCCCUCUGCAGGAGAACGAUCCUAAUGCACAGCCACAGCAGCACUGGUCUGUGGAGGAGCUUGUACAAGGUGUCAACGACCAGAGCCUAGAGAAUCAGUUGCAGGCCACACAGGCAGCCAGAAAAGUUCUCUCCAGAGAAAAGCACCCACCUAUUGACAGCAUAAUUGCUGCUGGCCUCAUCCCAAGGUUUGUUGGUUUUCUGGCAUUGACUGAAUGCCCUCCCAUCCAGUUUGAGGCAGCUUGGGCUCUGACCAACAUUGCCUCAGGUACAUCAGCCCAGACCACCGCUGUAGUGGAAGGAGGAGCCAUCCCUGCCUUCAUCAGCCUGGUGACAUCACCCCACCCACACAUAAGUGAACAGGCCAUUUGGGCCCUGGGUAAUAUUGCAGGUGAUGGAUCAAACUACAGAGACCUGGUGAUCAAACAUGGUGGACUCCAGCCACUCCUGGCCCUGCUGGCAGCCCCUGACCUGUCUGUGUUUCCUCGUGGCUACCUGCGCAAUAUCACCUGGACGCUGUCCAACCUGUGUCGGAACAAGGACCCAGCCCCUCCUCUUGUGGCAGUACAACAGCUGCUUCCGGCCCUGGUGCGCCUCCUCAACCAUAACGACGAUGAGGUCCUUGCCGACACCUGCUGGGCAGUGUCCUAUCUGACUGAUGGCUCCAAUGAGAGAAUAGAGGUGGUUGUGCAGGCUGGACUCGUGCCCCGACUGGUGCAGCUUCUCACCUGGGAAGAGCUUUCCAUCGUGACUCCAGCAUUGCGGUCACUUGGCAACAUUGUGACUGGGACGGAUGAGCAGACCCAGUGUGUUCUGAACACAGGUGCCCUGGCAAUGUUCCCCAGCCUGCUGCGUCACCAAAAGACCAACAUCCAGAAAGAAGCGGCCUGGACAUUGUCCAACAUCACAGCUGGCAAGGACACCCAGAUCCAGGAGGUUGUCAAUGCAGAGCUAAUGCCCAUCCUGGUGGAGAUCCUCCAACAGGGAGACUUCAAGAGCCAGAAGGAGGCAGUGUGGGCUGUCAGCAAUUACACCAGCGGAGGAACGUUGGAACAAGUGGCCUAUCUCGUCCAAUGCAAUGUGCUGGGGCCACUGCUCGACCUACUGACAGUCAAAGACAGCAAGAUUGUCUUGGUCAUCCUGGACGCAAUCUACAAUAUUUUACAGAUGGCACACAAAGCAGGUGAGGUUGAGAAACUGUCCCUAAUGGUCGAGGAGUUGGGUGGUUUGGACAAGAUUGAAGCGCUGCAGUCCCAUGACAACGAAGCUGUGUACAAGUCCUCUCUCAACAUUAUCGACCGAUUUUUCUCUGAAGAGAAUGAAGAUGAUUCUGUGGUUCCCGAGGUGACAGCAGAUGGCUAUGCUUUCCAGGUCCCCGACGACCAAAGCCCAUUUAAAUUUUAACGUGUCCACUCUGCUUUUUGUAACAUAAAAAGAAAAUUUGUACCUUGUUUUUAUUUUUGUAUUUUUUUUGGGACAUUUGAGCCUUGUACAAGGACAAACUAUCCUUCUUUGGAUCAAUGUUUGUAAAUAAAUGUUAUAAAUGAA